CAAGAAGACCAGCCAAAUUCACAAACCAGUUAGUUUCUUUCACAUCAUUAUUAUAAUUUAAUUGAACGUGCAAUCAAAUGCAUUACUAUUUUUAGAAAUAAAAAAGUUUCAAAAUGUCACUCUCAAAGCCUGUUUAUUCGCUUCUCGGAGUUUACUUGGAGCAGCUUUUUAAUCAUCCGGUGCGCACCAAAUCCAUAACUAGCUCUGUACUAGCAGCAUCGGCAAAUUACACAGCGCAGCGCAUUGCUGGCCAUAAAAAGAUUAAUCAGGAAAGUGUCAUCGCAUACGGACUUUUUGGCCUAAUUUUUGGCGGCAGCGUGCCACAUUAUUUUUACCAAACAGUCGAACGCCUCUUCAGACAUGACUUGAAAUUCCGUCGGCUCUUCCUGUUCCUGUCCGAGCGCUUAGUUUUCGCUCCAUUUUAUCAACUACUUUCACUUUAUUUCCUCUCUAUAUUUGAGAUGAAUUCGCAUGAAGUAGCUGUUGCCAAUUUAAAGAAACUUUAUUGGCCUUUACUCCGUACCAAUUGGCAGUACUUAUCCAUUCCAGUUAUAAUUAAUAUGACAUACGUUCCUCCUAUGUUGCGUACGGUAACAAUGAGCAUUGUAUCCUUCAUUUGGGUCGUAUACAUUGCGCAGUGGCGUCGUCGUCUCCAAGACAAACAAGCUGGCGGUGCGGAUGGUAAAAACACUAAGUAAUUAUAUAUGUAGUAUGUAUGUACAUACAUACACUUGUAUACAAAAGUGUACCAUGAAUCAAUUAAGGUUUUACAAAUCAUUCCCAAAGCCGUUUGUAAUUCGUGUGUAUGUAUAGAGGGUAAAAUGGUGCUUUAAAUAUAGGAUUUUUAAAAUUGUAUAAAUAUUUAUGAAAUGGUGUAAAAAAAAAUUCGUAAGUUGCGAGACAAUAAAUUAAUCUAAUGAUUGUGCAUUUAUAGAAUGUAAAUAAAGAA